CUCGGUGCCGCGGUUGCCGGGUGACCGCAAACUCGGCUACAGAGUCUGAGCCGGCCAUGCGGCCUCAGCGCCAGAGCUCGGCCCCGGCUGCUCGUCCGCAGCCUCGGCGCGUUCGGGCGGCUGCACUCGGAGAUUCGCUCUGGAAUUGUUCGCAGAUCAUUGUUUUCUGUGAGCGAGUGCCGAGAAUUCCCGGAGAUUUGGUCUCUGCGAUCGAGUCCUGUACUCGCAGAACAUUGGUCUCUGCCAGGGAGUCCUGAAUUUCGUUUGAAGUUUUAUUGAGGCAUUGUUGCUCAUCUGCGACAUCUUCCCUUGAAAAUGGCAUCUGGAUUCCCGAAAAAGACACCAACACCUCGUCUUUUGCUCAUGGACAGACUGAAGUCUGAUACUAUUGCUCGGAUGGUGAAGGUCUGCAUGGAGAGCUCACCUCAUUUCCAGCUGGCAUGCCCCAGUGAUGUAUACCACGUCGUGCCACCAGGUGCCUCUGCCCAUGUGCGCAUCCGCUUCACCCCCGAGGAGAACAAGGAUUAUUCCCACAAGCUCAUCUGCAAGACUGCAAAGGAAAAGAUAGUUGUGCCAAUUCGGGCCAUUUGUGCCCGAGCUGUCCUGGUCUUCCCUGACCAGCUGGACUUCUCCACGUGUCCAGUCAAUCACAGCACCCAGAAGACUCUGCUGGUUCGCAACGUUGGUAACCUGGAAGCUCAUUACCAGCUGAGCACCCAGAGUCCUUUCUCCGUGGUUCCAGCCACAGGAACUCUGGGCGCUGGUGACACCAUGGAGGUGACAGUGGGAUUUCACCCGCUGACAAACGAUGACUAUGCCGGGUCCCUGUGCUGCAACACAGGUGAAGAAAUUAUCCACACAAAGCUCUAUGGAGAAGCUGAAGAUGUCAAUGUUGUGUUGAGCACAAAUUCUGUGAAGUUUGACAAGACUUUCAUCACCAUGUCAAACCAGACAACCAUGUUCAUCGAAAACAGGAGUAACAUCACAGCCCACUUCCAGUGGAAGGCUUUUCCUGCUGAGGAAGAUGACAAUGAAGAGAAGAGGAGGCAGUGUCGUUUGCUGCAGCCAUCGAGUGAGGUGUGGCUGGAAAACUUCAUGGAGGAGAAAGAAAUAGAGAAGGAGAAGGGCUUUUGUGAAGAUCACACUGCCCUCCUGAGCAGCAUGGUCCAGGAGAAGAUGGCAAAGGUGCAAGAAGACCCCUUGCUGUUCUCCAAUGACUUUUUUUCCAUUGAGCCAAUGGAGGGAGAAGUUGGGCCGAAUUGUUCAGCUGAAAUCCAGGUGACCUUCAAACCCCUGGAAGCAGUGGAGUAUCAAAGUGUGGCUUAUUGCAGCAUCUCAGGCCGUGAGAGCAGGCCGCCCCUGCACCUCAGAGGGGAAGGCCAAGGACCCUUGGUUGGACUCAGCUCUGAUACGCUGAGCCUUGGCUACCUUUUUAUCGACACCUUCUACGUCUAUGAGGUGAAACUGAUUAACCAAGGAGCUCUUGAUGCUCCCUUCACCUAUAUCCCUUCAACCACAAAGGUGGACUUCUCCUUCAAGUUUGCACCUGAGGAGGGCAUCAUUGCACCAGGUGGGACCCAGACUAUUCAGGUCUCCUUCAAAACCACCAUGUUGGGGUGGUUUCAGGAAGAAUUCCACUUCAGUGUGGCUGAAUCUCCUACACCUGUGAUCCUGACCAUCAAGGGCUGUGUCACUGGACCGAGGUUACACUUUGACGUCCCUGAGCUCGACUUCGGGGACAUCUCCUUUGGCUUUCCCUUCACCCAGAGCUGUCGCCUCACUAACAACUCCGUGGUGCCCGUGACGUUCAAGCUCCGCGUGUUGGACGACGGCGCGCAGCCAGCUGUUAGCAGCUUUGAUCAGAUACGCAGCGACAGUGACCCAUCCUGGAGGAAUGGAAUUGAUUUUUGUCUGCAGCCAAGGGAGUUUACAAUGAAUCCCAGCCAAGGGACCAUCCUCCCCCAGGGACACCAGGAUAUCGAGGUGACCCUGUGUUCCAACACCGUGACGACUUUCUGCCGGAGAAUGCUGGUGGACCUGGAGGGCAUUGCUGAGGGAGUGACAUCACUGAUCCUCAGAGCCAGAUGUAUCGUUCCUGAGCUGCAAGUGUACCCCCGAGUCCUGCAGUACAAGGAGUGCUACCUGAAGGUGCCAUACGAGAGGAAGGUCUUCAUUAGAAAUUCCACCAACAUUCCUGGCUGCUACGGGCUUAUUCCCCAGGAACGCAAGGAGGACACUCCUGUGCUCUACUCCAGCCCCAAGCCCUGUGGGAUUGUCCAGCCUCGCAGCACUGCAGAGAUUCCAGUUGUAGUUGAAGUGCAGGCGCUGGGCACGCAUCACACCAGUGUUGUCAUCGGCGUGUUUGGGGAUGAGAGAAAUCCUCUGAGAGCAGAAUUACAGAGCUCUGGACGGCUGGAAGAAAUCUACCCACAUCCAAGGCUGAUAGAGUUUGGCAGGAUCCCACCACUGCAGCCUACUUCACAAAGCUUUACCCUCUUCAACAAAGGUCUCAUCCCUGCAGACUUCAGGAUAGAGAUUACUGAAAAACCCCACUGCUUUGUUAUUGACCCCAGAGAAGGAGUGAUCCCCGCUAGGGGUGAGGUUCCUGUGACUAUCACAGCAACCCUGGAUGACACUGGGCUUUUUAGUUACUCUAUCAAGCUGUUCAUUUGGAACAGCCUUUGGACCACCUUCUUGCUCCAGGCCUUGAGCAUUGGCACCACAAUUGUCAUAGACAAACCAUUCACCCCAGAGAUCAACUUCGGAUACCAAUUCAGCCUCCUUCCCUGUAUUCGUCGGUUCAAAGUAACAAACCGGGGCUGCCGUUUCCAUUGGCUCUUCUGGAAAGCAGACUGCUGCAGCCCACCUGAGGAGGAGGCCCAGAGUGUCUCAGCCCUCAGUAGCCCCAAGGAUGAUUCCCAGAGCCCCAAACGUGCCAACCCUGCGUUUGGGGUGGAGCCAUGGUCGAUGGAGCUGCAGCCAGGCCAGUCUGUGGACAUGGUGCUGCGAGGCUUCUCCCGCAUCGCACAGGAGGUGCAGGAUUCUGUGUUCUGUGAAGCGAUGAUUGGGUUAGACCCCAAGCCAAAGAAGAUUAUAGAAACAAUCGUUACCUGCGAGUUUAUUCACCCCUCUAUAGAAGUGUCAGCCAGACAAUUCUCUUUCCGGGUGGAGAAGAAACCCAGUGAUGUCCUGAGGCUGCAGUACCAGCCUCUGUCUUUAAAAAACACCUGCCUGCUGCCACUGGACCUUAUGCUGGACUUGGAGCAGCCGUUCCUGGUCUGUGAUGAGGACCAGCAGCCCCUCCCAGAUGGCCAGCCUGUGAGAUUGGAUGUAGGGGAGACCUGUCAUCUCUACGUCGCAUUUGACCCAGCUUUUGGACUGGAUUUGAAGAGCUGGAAAAAAGAGAAGGUUCUGAAGAUAGACAUGGUCAGGGGCCAUCCUUUUGUGGAGCGUAUCACCCUUCGGGGAGAAGUGCACUUCCCAAAUCUCCAAAUCCAGCCCAGCACCCUGGAGUUUGGCUGCAUCCCGGCUGGCACUGAAGAAGUGCGCUCUCUGAAGAUGACCAACUGCAGCCCACUUCCCGUCCAGUACCACUGGUCAUUCCAUUCCAGCAGCCAGGUGAACAGGUUGAGAGAUGAGCUUCACCCACCUAAAUUCAAACCCCAGCCUCCAAAGGGGAAGAUAACCUGUUUGGAUCGCCGGGCAUCUCAAUGGAGACACUUCAGGAUUAGAAAGGAGGAGGAAGCCAGAGCCCUGAAAGAAGUGCAGGAUUUAUACCAAUCUUUAGGAGUAGAGGUGCCACCUCAAACUCCUGAACACCUUCGAAUCCCACUAGGGUUGGAGGAAUUCAGGUGCUCCAUGGACUUCCCACACACGCCCCUCGAAGCAGAGAAGGCUUUCAGGAUCGUGCCACUGUCAGGUGUGCUGCAGCCAGGAGAGAGCCAGCAGGUCUCCUUCACCUUCUGUGGCCACCUGGACACCAUCUCCAAUGUCACGGUGCUGUGCCACGUGGAGGGAGGCCCCAGCUACGAGGUGGUGCUGACUGGGGAGGCCUCACGUGCCAGCUACUCCCUGAGGCCCCGGGAGAUCAGCUGUGGCUCUCAGAUGUUUAAUGAAAUUCACCACAGCAAUGUCACCCUGGCAAACAGUGGCAAGAUUGAAUUCAGCUGGGUGCUAAACCCUAGCCCAGCAGACAAGCAUUUGCCUGGUGUGUUUCUGGUCAAGCCCACCACUGGCUCCAUUGCACCUGGCAAGAAGCAAGUGCUGAAAUUCUCUUACAUGCCGGGAUUACCAGGAGCCUUCAGCAGGACUUACCAGCUUAAAGUGGGUGACCUGGACCCAGAAAAUAUCUGCCUGAAAGGAGAAGCAUCCUUUCCCAUGAUCAGUGUCAACCUGCCCUGGAACAUCAAAGGAAAUGAAAAAUAUGAGAAGACACUGAAACAGCUCAUAAGACCCCUGCAACGACACAAUCAGAGCAAUAAAUCAGUUGUUUGUAAGAAGACUCAGAGCCUGAAGACCAAGACCGUGAAGUCUCAGACCCUGAAAACUCAGACCACUAAGAGUCAGACCUUGGAGACUCAGAGUCUCAAGACUCAGAGCCUGGAGCCCUGCAUGCUUGACUCUGGCAUUGUAUCAAACACCAAGGUGCAGAUAAAGAUGAUGAGGAUGUUGAUAGAGAAAGCUGCUCUGGAGCUGCAGGAAAAGCUCACAUCCCAUCCCCCAAAGAGCAGAUUCCCUGACAAGGAGCUGUGCCAGAGUCUUGUCAAAGUUGAGCUGCUGGAGUAUGUCCUGGACAUGGGCCCUGUCCUUAAGGGUUACACUGAGACACACACUCUGAAGAUCACCAACCCUGGGCAGAUCCCAGUGUCCUUCCAGGCCAAUGUAUCUGUCCUGCAGGACACAGGUUUCAGUGUGGACCUGGACCAGAAGAAUGGCCUCCCCCACAAGCACACCGUGGCGUUUGACGUGCGCUUCGAAAGUGCCCACAGGCCACAGGGUGACGUGGAAGUGGUGCUGCCCAUCGAGGUGACACAAGGCCCCACAUAUAACAUCCGUCUCCGUGCCACUGUGUUGGAACUGUCACUCAACCUCUCCAAGAACAGACUGCAGUUCUCUGACAUCCUCGUUGGGCAGUGCCAGGUUGAGACCAUCCGACUCUACAACCAGUUCCGAGUACCCUGCAAAUGGUUCAUUACUGCCAGCAAGCCUGUUCUGAAGAAAAAUCACCUCCAAUACAUGACACCAGCCGUACGUGAGAAGCGGCAGACGCUGGAGGAUGAGCCCUGUCCCUUUGAAGUGACGCCCUCCAAAGGAACCCUUGAUCCAGGAAAGUGGCAGAACUUGCACAUCCAGUUUACACCCAAGGAGGAGAGGUCUUACAACAAUGAGCUGGAGUUUAACAUUUGUGGGAGCAGCAACCACUUGAAGCUGCACCUCUCAGGACAAGGUCUGCAGCCACGGUUGGAGUUCAGGCCCCCAGCACUAAAGAUGGGAUGGAUGCUGGUGGACAGUGAUGGGGUGGAGGCCACAGUGGUGGUGAAGAAUCCAUGCAACUUCCCCACUGAGUUUUACUCCCUGGAUUUUGAUGAGCAGUACCUUGAGGAGGAGAAGAUCCUACGGAUGGCAGUGGGGUCUGAGUACCAAAAGAGCUUUUUUAUGCCUCCACGUGCUGUGGGUGAGACGCUGCCCCCAGAGGUGCUGGAGGACUAUGAAGCACAGAAGAGGCCAGAGGCUCAACGGGAAAAGCUCGAGGCCAUGGCAGAAGCCAAGGCCAGGGCUGAGGCCAAGGCCAAGGCCAUGGGCAAGGCAGCAGCAGCAUACAGAACUGUCACAUUCUGUCCUGAGUCCUUGGUGAAAAUGACUGGGAAUCCUAUCUCUCGGGCUGUCAUGCGCCACCUGGGCAUUGACCCAUCUUCAGGGAGGUGUGAAGCGCAGCAGCACCGAGGGAUUGUUGUCAUUGUCCAUGGGCCACCCCGGGCAGGAAAGACAGAGGUAGCAGCGGGCCUGUGUCAGUAUUACGACGCUGCUUAUGUGUCCAUUGGCACUGUGGUGGAAGAGGCCAUGGCCAACGACCAGAGCCCAGCAGGGCUCUGUGCCCGGGAGCUCUGCACCAAGGCUGCCAAGGAGCUGAAAGACAAAGAUGAAGGUGAUGCUGGUAAAAAGUCUCAACUCAUUGCUCAGACCAAGAAUAAACAAUUCUCUGGGGAAGAAAUUGACAAGAAUGUUAAAGACAAGACCCCUCCAGCACAAAAGAAGAGGGAUCCAGCCAGCAAACUCGACAAAAAGGACACCAAGUUCACAGUUUCCACUGCUCCUGCACCACAGCAGCUGAACAUCAUCAGCAGUAGUGGGAAAGAGCUGAACUGCUUGAGCUGUGUGCUGCCCGAGGACCUGCUGGUGGACAUCCUGAGUGAGAGGCUGAAGCGUAAAGACUGCUCCAAGGGAGUGAUCUUUGAUGGCUUGGAGAGCCUCUUUGCAGGCAGCCUGGAAUCUUCUCUGCUCUGCAUACUCAAAGCUGUCAAGAAUUGUCAUCAUAUCUACAUGGUGAACCUGCAUGAGGAUUAUGCUUCUUGGAAAGCCAGGGGCGAAGCUGAAAGAAAGAGGAAGGAAGCUGAAAGAGAGAAGGAAGAGCUGCAGUGGGAAAAAGCUGUGCACAAGAUUGCAGAACUUGUCUUGCAAGUAGAUGAGGAAGAGUAUAAUGCCCUUCCUAAAGAGAAGAAAGCAGAAGUGGAUAAAAUAAUACUGGAAAAGAAGCGCAUAUGGAGGAAGAGGGAGCUGAAGCAGCUGGCUCAAAAGCUUGAGGAGAAGGAAAAAGCCUUAGAGGAGGAAGGGAGGCGGAAGGAGGAAAAGAAGGGUGUCUCUGUGGGGAAUCAACCUAUAAAACCAGAGAAGGGGAAAACCAAGGCCCCAGAGAAGGAGGAAACCAAAGCCUCAGAGAAUAAAACCAAGCUUCCAGAGAAAAAGGAAAGCGAAUCACCAGAGGGGAAGGAAACCAAAGCCCCAGAGAAGGGGGCAACCAAAUGCUCAGAGAAGUGGGAAACCAAAGCUGCAGAGAUGGAGGAAACCGAAAUCCCAGAGGACCCAGCUGAGAUGGAGAAUAACUUGAUCCUGAGGUUUCAGAUCUAUGAGUCAUCGCAGCAGAACGUUGCACAGGUUUUCUCCUACUGGAACAGGAUUCAGGGUACCGUGCAGUUACCUAUGAUCCAGAAGGGAAACAAGUCCCAGUCUUCAGCUGAAAACAAAGGUCAGAAGACCAGUAAGCCUCAGGAGAAGGUGGAGAAGAAGCCUGAACAAAAAAGUGGAGACCAAAGGAGUCUUCAGUCAUCUCAGCUGGAUACACAAAGUGAAGUUGCAGAGGGGGCAGUCAGAGAAGAGCACGUUGGGGUGCCGUGCCUGGACAUCCAGGUCUCAGAUCCAAAGGCCAUGAUCAGAGAGAUCCUGAGGGAAGGGAAGCUGCCAACAGAAGAUGAGAUGCUGAAACAUGUGGGACUGCAUCCCGACGGCCCUCCCCUUCCCCCCGGUGGUGUGCUCUCCAUAGUGGAGUACCCAGAGGAGAGGUUGGGCUCUGCAGAGCGUGUGGAGCCCUUCACCAUUGUGGCACCUGAAGGUGCUGCUGUGGAAGACAAUCUGGCCAAGGCCCCACAAGCAAAGAGCAGUUCUGCCAAGGGCCGACCAAAGACAGGUAAAGCAGCCAGCAGAGACAGCUCUGCAAAGGAGAAGCACAUCUCCACACAGAGAACAGGAAGUCCCCGGGAUUCCUCUGCAACAAGAUCCAAAAGUACAUGGGAAAGUGCCUCAACCCCUACAGAAUUCCUCAGGCUGAAACGGUACCGGUGGAUAGUGCCUGCCCACAGUGAGGUGGAACUGAAGGUGCACUUCUCUGCCAAAAAGCCAGGGAAGUUUGAGCAGACACUGAGGUUUGAGCUCAUGCAGUCAAAGUGCCAGUACGAGCUGCCCUGCAGUGGCACCGGCCUGUACCCCAGCAUCUGCCAGAACCCUCGGCUGGUGUUUCCACAGUGGAGGAAAACCAUGAAGGAAGAUGAAGUCAUCUUCAAGGAAUAUGUUGAGAGCACAAAGCAAUUCCACUUUGGACCGCUGCUGUGUGGGAAAUCAAGAGAGUGGUACAAGGCCCAGAACUGUCCCAACAACUCAGAGAAUAUCACCAUCCUCAACAACUCCCCCACAGAUGUAGAGGUCCACUUCUCCUUUGAGAAUGAUGGGGAGACAUUCCUUCUGGACCCUCCCAGCAUGACACUGAAACCAAAGGAGAAGCAGAAGCUGACCAUAUGGGCAUACCCCACUUCCCCUGGCUUCCUGGAAGACAAGCUCAUCUGCUGUAUUGGGAAGAACCCAGACCCAGUGGUCUUCAGCCUGUGCUGCCAUGGGGUGCACGUGAAGCUGGAGGUCAGCCCCCGGCAGCUGUCUUUUGACAAGCUGCUUCUGCACAGGACUGACAGCAGGACCUUGGUCCUGAGGAACAACACCCUGCUGCCCAUGGCCUGGCAGCUCAAUGGGCUGGAUGACCUUGUUGAGGACUUCUCCUUGUCACAAAAUAAUGGCACCAUUGAUCCCCAUUCAGAGUUUGAAGUGACACUGCAUUUCAAGGCUGAGCAGAUUGGCAGCAUUGAGAAGACCCUCCGACUUGAGGUUUCAGAUACAGAAAACAUCCUGGGGAUUGUCCAGGCUGAAAACAUCAAAGUCUCUGCAGAGGUCUAUGAUGUCUCUCUGAGCAUCGACAUGCCUGAAGGUCCAGAUGGAAUCUUGGAAUUUGGAACCAUUAAUGUCCUGGAUAAUGUGAAGAAAGUCCUGAGUCUAAAGAACAAAGGGAGAUACAACAUUGAGUACAGUUUCACCCUGAAGGGUGCAGGUCCCAGGACACGAGAUGUGGCAUCCCACUUCACUGUUGCACCUCAGUCAGGCAUCCUGAUUGCCUCCCAGCCUGGUGUGAAUGUUGAGAUCCUCUUCCACCCCACAAGUGAGAUGCUCCUCAAGAACAAGCCCAUCCUGUACUGCCAGGUGAUAGAUGCCUGCUCAGGUGAAGGAGGCCAGGCUGUCGCCAUCAUCCCAGUGAAUGUGUCAGCAAAAGCUGUGUACAGCAAGUACAGCAUUGAGCCUGCCUCACCCAUCAACUUUGGAGCCAUGAUCAAGGGCACCAAGAAGACCCAGACUGUUGUGCUGGAGAACAAAGGCAUGCUCAACUUCAAAUUCUACAUCCGCCAAGCGCCCGAGGAGACAUCUACAUCGGAAAGCAAAAGUUCAAAGCAAGGGGAAUCUGCUCCACUGGCUAGAAAGCAAUCAACAGCAAGGAAACCAAGCUCCUUGACACAGAGUCACCUCAGUCUUGGCAUGUUCACGGUGUCGCCCUGCUCCGGCUCCAUCAGUCCGUGGGGCCAGCAGAAGAUCACAGUGGAAUGCCUCGCAGGGCAGGAGGGGACAUGUGAGGAGCAGCUCUACAUUGACAUCCCGGGCAGAGACCCCAAGGACAAUCCCCUCGGCAUUCCCUUCACCCUGAUUGCCGAGUCCUGCCUCCCAGGAUUUGCUGAGGAUGCGAUGUUAAUCUUCGCGGAGUACCCGAUCUGCAGCAGCACCGACCUCAGCCGCAAGCUGCAGUCGGUGAAAGGCCCGGGCCUGUUCAUCAGAGAUGAGAACAAAUUCAUCUUCAACAAGGUUCUGGUUGGGCAAGAGGCUGAAGCUCAUUUCAGUAUCUACAGUGCAAGCAGUCUGCCAUGUGACGUGGUCCUCUCCAUCAAACCCCUGCCUGGAAAGGAACAAAUCCCUAUCAAAAACAUUUUCAAGUUGGAUCCAGUCAAGAUGUCCGUUCCUGGCUCAUCCUGUGCUGUUGCUACAGUGACCUUCACCCCACCAGAUGAGCAGAAUUACAACUGCACCUUCAAGGCUUCCCUUGUCAUCCCAAAAGGCUCUGUGAAAAUGAAGCCCCAAACGCUGACCUUCACCAUCAGCGGGCAGGCGCACGAGCCGCAGCUGACGGUCGUGCGCCCAAGCGCCCGCAGCAAGCGGGGAACGGCCGUGCUGCGCUUCCAGAGGCUCCAGGUGGGGCGCUCCGAGGUGCUGCCCCUGGUCAUCCGUAACGACGGCAUCACUCCUCUCAAGUUUAUGUUACGCCUGGAGCACGAGUACGGAGCGUUCUUCUUGAAAGGCAGGGACUCCACACUCAAGGUAUUCCACACUGAAGAUGUGGGAGAGGACUCCACUGGAAACGCUGCAUCACUUAACUCUGAUUUCCACUGCUGUGCAGAGAGCAAGCCCACGAAGCCUUUCUUCCUUCUGCGUUGUGGGCAAUCGACAGAGUUUGAUGUCAUUUUCAAACCCACCCUGGCUCAACGUCUGGAAGGGAAGAUUCGUCUGUUGGUGGGGAAUAUCUACUCUAACAAAGUCCUAGUAGAGCUGGUGGGUGAAGGCCACAAGGACAAAUUCACCCUCGUUGGACUAGAGGAAGACACACAGGAGAGGAAUGCUAAGAGCAGUCUGAACAAAGACAUCAUUGAUGCUGUCAGAGUGAACCACAUGCAGUUUGGGGACUGUCCUGUCGGGAAGCCCUGCCGCAGGACCUUCACCAUGAGCAACCGCACCCGUCACCAGUUCAUGCGCUUUGUGUGGGAGGCAGACGGCCCAUUCCAGUUGUCCCCCAAGGUGGGACACCUCCGUCCUCGCCGUGCCAAGGAGAUCAUGGUGACCUUGAAAUCAGAUGUCCCAGCCACCUUCAGGAGGCACCUUGUGAAAUGUAAGGUGACCAAGAUCAACUUUGAGCUGCCACCAAGGAAGGUUCCUGACUGGGACGACCAAAAGAUCACUAUGUCAUGGUGGAGUACCCCCAGCAAAGACUCAGCAGACAAAUCCCCUAAAAUAGAGAGGGUGGUCAGGGUAGCCCCGGAACCGGUCCACACUGUGGUGGAGGAGAGCAGCCAGGAGGUCGAGGUGUACCUCAGUGCUGUUGUUGGCUACACAGAGUUGAAGCUGAACACAGUGAUGGUUCAGUUCAAGGAUACAUUGCCCUUCCACACAAGGACAGCCAUUUUCAGCAUGCACAACACAGGGAAGGUAGCCCUGGAAUACUACUGGGAGGAACCUGCAGAUAAACCAGUGAAGAAGCCAUACUCAAUCACUCUGAUGCGUCGGUUCCUCUCCUAUCAAACUGUGAAGAAUCGCAGAAAGCUGCUGCGUCGUUACUGGCGGUACCUGGCCCAUCUUGCCAGGAUGCGUCCUAAAGUGUGGCCACGGGAGCGGCGUUCCAAAUGGUGGCAGCGGCAGCAGCAGCAGCAGGAUUCCAAGCAGCAGCAGCAGCCUGAGCAGCAGCCCUCUGAGCAGCCCGAGCAGCAGCAGCAGCCCAAGAAGCCAGUCCCUUCCAAGAAGCGACGCCGCUCAAAGGAAAAGCACCUCUCUCUGAAGCACGUCACUUCCUCCAUGGAAAUCUUCCCAGAUUUCACCGAUGACCUGGCACUGUUCUCCAUCGACCCCUACCGUGGCACCCUUGCUCCUGGCCAGAAGCAGACCUUCCACGUGCGGUUCGCCCCGAAGUGCGCAGGGAAGUUUGAGACCACCAUGCUGUGCAGGAUUCCUAACCUGAGGCCAACUCAGAAGAAAGUGCGGGUGAUUUUGAAAGGCAGAGCCCGGGAGAAGAAGAGUUUUGGUAAACCGAAACGCUCUGCAUUACAGCAGAGAGAGGAUGGCCCGAGACCCAAGAAGCAGGUGCACUGGAAACCAGCACCUGAGUGACAGCACUGGUGCCAGCUGGAGCAUCUGGCAGCAGACAGCAACAUUGUGCCUUCUGCUGCUGAUGGUCUCCCACCCAAAAUUAGUUAAGUUAUACUUGGAUAAUUCUUAAUUAAUUGUUAGUUAAUUGACAAGGCCACUGGAGCCCAGGCUAGUUUAAUGUAGAACUCUGGUGCUAUGCCAGGAGUGGGCAACUGUCUUGGUAUGGGGAUUACCAAAGGCGAAACCUUUAGAGCUGCUUGCUCUACAGUGCACAGUCUUCAAUCCAGGACAGAGGUCGGGUAGAGACAGGAAGAGGCUCUGUAUCUUGAGGUUCCAGCAGAAGAUUUAUUGGUUGAAAGGAUCAGGAGCAGAAGAGCCCUGAGCACUGCUGUGCUUGAGUUUAAAUACAGUAACAAACUUGGUGGGAGGAUACAGACAGACAUCCAAGGAGGAAUCCUUGGGGGAGCAGUGAGGGGAUUAGGUCACUUGCUUGGGGCCAGUUGGGGCAGGUGGGAGGAAAGGGCAGGUCACAGGGGCCAGUGGGGCAUCCAGAUUUAGGAGAAUUUCAGAGAAGUGGCACCAUCAGGGAUUGGUUCAAGGUGGCAGUGACAGGGAAGAAUCAGGAACAAGGGGCAGGGUUACACUGACAGGCAGGGAAGGAGCCUGGAAUACCAUAAAGGGCAGCUUCAGGGAUGGAUACAACUCAGGGACAAACCAGCUUCGGGAAAAUACAAGGGUGCAUUGAAACAACUAGUAACAUUAACAAUGUACUAACAAAAUAAACAUGGGCUGCAACACUUAAUUAAACAAUUGAAUAUAAAUCAUUAAUUUCAGCUUGUCUUGGUUGAAAAGAUAGGUGUCUGCAGGACCUCUCUGAAAUGAAGAAAGUGACCCCAUUCCCACCAAAUUGCUCUAACUUUGAAAUUAAUGGGCUCUCAGGCAAAGAUAUGGGAAAGGAGUAGCAGUCCUUUACUAGUAUGUAUAACAAGGCAAACAAAAACAGCAGUGGCAGCAACAACAAACAGAACCAGAUACGGAACCACAGCCCUCCCUCGCCUGCAGGCACUUCCCCUUUGCUGUAGUUCUGGUCGCAGCUGGGCAGGGAAGGGAGGGAGAUAAUGAAUAAAGUAAUUGCUAGAGAAAUUUUAAUUAAGCUACACCAAGGAAUACACUGGAGAGCUCAAGCACUGUGUGAUCAGUUCUGAAGAACUUAAUUUUUUGAGAGAGUCUGUACAGGAACCAGAGACUGAACAAUGUUCAGUUUGUUAAAAGAUGAAUAAGAAAGUGAUGAGAAAACACCCUAGUGAGGAAAGAGCCUAGCCCUUAGACCCUUUCAAAAUAUGCAAAUAGAUUACACUGAGUUCCCCAGAAUACAGAGAUGGAAAUAGCUUCUUGUAAUAGUUGAUCACUGUUAGGGAUAUGAUAGAAAUUUAUGCCAAUGGAUUACAGAUAUAUGUAUCAAGCAUGCUAUUAAAGGGAGGACCAAGGUUUAAUCGUAGAGUGACACCUUGGCUGGCUGACGAGGGUGGAAAUCAGCAUUAAUAUAGGAAGGAAACUCAGCUGCACAGGAGAUGGUCGUUCACUGUGGCAUGUGCCCGAGGACACCCAAUGAUGAUGGCCCAUGAAGAUACACAUCUCAGAUAACCAGGGCCAUCAGCACCUUCCACCUGAAUACAGGAUUCUGGGAAUUGGAGGAGGAACAUUUGUCUCUUCCCGGAUGAGGUUUUGUGCAGCUUUGAGUGAAGAAAGAAACCAACAUGAAUAUGAUGAACUUUGAAAGGAGACAAAGGGACUCUGCCGCGGGCAAGAAAAACAGUGUAAGAGCUGUCCCUGCGGAGCAGCGAGUGUGGACGGAGGGGGGUUCGGUGCGAUAGAGGCCAGAGCUGCGUCCACCCAGCCUGUAUCCUGGGAUCUCCUCUCUCAUUUUUGAUUGGUGGCUGUUGAGACUGUAAUUUGUUCGCAAAUAAAUUUUU